CGACAAUAAACAAGGCUUACAGAACAACAUCUGUGAUAGCGCUGACACAGCAAUCCUAUAACAUCCACACCGCGAUUUGUCACUCGAAGAUACAGUCCAAGGUUUUGGAUAAGAAAACUGUAUUUGUGUUAAAGUGAUUAUUGUGAGAUUCUAGUGGAACACCGGAGGACAGACUAAUGCUGACAAUACACAAUACUGUAGCUACUAACUGUGAGUCAACAUGUCUGAUGGCCUCUUUACUUUUUAAUGAUUGGCCUAACUUCUUAACAAACGGCUGCCCUGCGGUAUCUACUCUCUAGCCAAUGACUGUGCUGCAAUGUCUACUCUCUAACAAAUGGCUGUGCUGCAAUGUCUUCUCUCUAACCAAUGGCUGCCCUGCAGUAUCUACUCUCUAGCCAAUGACUGUGCUGCAAUGUCUACUCUCUAGCAAAUGACUGUGCUGCAAUGUCUACUCUCUAACCAAUGGCUGUGCUGCAAUGUCUACUCUCUAACCAAUGGCUGCCCUGCGGUACCAAUCUCUAGCCAAUGACUGUGCUGCAAUGUCUACUCUCUAACACAUGGCUGUGCUGCAAUGUCUACUCUCUAACCAAUGGCUGCCCUGGGGUAUCUACUCUCUAGCCAAUGACUGUGCUGCAAUGUCUACUCUCUAACCAAUGACUAGUACGGUGUUAUUCCCAUUGAAGUUACACCAAUAAUAUCCAACUGGCAUAAGCAGAAUGCUAAAUGACAAUUCACAGAAAAGUUUAUGACCAUAUCUUCAGUGUAUCAACAGAACAGACACGAAUAAAUGACCUUGGAUCUUACUAAUUGAAAAUAUGAGGGCACAAAAGAAGUUGUAACAACAUUGCCUCCUUUGUCGUAACCAAUGAGACUAUUUGAACUCUUGAGUGACAGAGAUUUAUCUAAACUGUUCUGCUUGUGUUGUGUAAUAUACCUGACAGAACAAAAGUUGAACUUUUACAGUGAGAGGAUUAAUUGAACCCAAUGGAAACCACUUAAUUUUGAUGUACUCCUUGGAUCAUAUAUGGAUCUUCGUGGAUUAUUAGUAAGUCAAACAAUAAAAACACUGGAGAUUGAUUGGUAAUCAUUUUAUAAACCUUUUUAUCUGUGAUAUUUCUGUGUGUAAUUAUAAAUGAAUCCCUACAUCAACCUGUGACAACAUAGAAGACAAUGUUGAUCUGAAUGGAUGUAACUAAUUUUGUGAUGUACCACGAGAAUGACUUCCUUUUCUAGGAUUUAUGAAUUUUAAUCCAGCUGUUUUUCCAAUGUCAACAACCAUAUCGUCCAUGACUGAAUGUUAAUCACAAUGGAAUUUUUUAAAAAUACAACGAAAUCUCCACGAGACUCGCUGAUCCUGCCUCUGGAUCAGGAAUCGAGUGUUUACGAACAUUACAACCAAUACAGCAUGCUGGCCAAUUCCACCAAUGGAGACAUGGUCUUUGGGAUGGAACACCUUCGAGCCAAUCUCUGCAUGUCUAACUCGACACAAUGGAAACUAGCCGAUCCGGUAUGUUCCCUAAACUUCACCUCUUUCUGGGUACUUGUAUUUGUGGCUAUUCUUUUGGGAAUUAUCACCCUUUGGACAAUAUUUGGAAAUUUUCUCGUGUGUUUUGCAUUGUACAAGUUUCCGAAUCUACGAUCAAUGUCCAACUGUCUAAUUGGGAACUUGGCAAUGAGUGAUUCGCUUCUGGCCUUAACAGUAUUACCCAUCUCAACAGGAAAUGACCUGCUGGGAUACUGGAUAUUUGGGGAUGUGAUGUGUCGCGUGUGGCUGUGUAUCGACGUACUUUACUGCACAGCCUCAAUAUGGGGCCUAGUUACUAUUGCAGUGGACCGCUAUACAGCCACUGUAUAUCCUGUGUGGUAUUUCGAACGGCGAUCUCCGAUGCGAGCUUUAGCUUACAUUAUAUUCGUUUGGCUAUUCUCAAUUGUUGUGUCCCUCGCCCCUUUUAUUGGGUGGAGAGAAAUGAUCCCGGAAUUAUACCAGUAUAAUGACAUCCUAAAUCGCUACGAAUGUGUUCUAUUCCAGACGGAAGGAUACGUGGUUUAUUCCGCCAUGUGCUCGUUUGUGAUUCCUAUUGUUCUAAUGUCGUUCUUGUAUGUUAGAAUAUUCUUUGUGCUGAAAAAACGUAUGAAGCAUCUGAAACCAAAACGCAACUUUUCGCUUCCAAUGGAAAGUGAUAUGGAAAGUGGGGUUAUACCCGAAAGUAACAGUCGUCUGGAAUUACAUUCUAGUGAUUUUACACAGAUGAAAGAUCAAGCCACACAGAUAAGUCCAAUGCUUGGAAAAUCAUCAGGAAACUUCCUAUUGGAACCCAAAUCCUCUGUUUACUUAGGCCAGAAGAUGCCAUUAUCAAAAGAAACCAAUAUAUCUACUGAUAGUACAAAACCUCUUAAUGAAGAUGACGAUAAAAUAAAAAUAUACCAGAAACCCACAAAUGACUAUGGAAUAAACGACAAGGGCACUUGCAAUAAUAAAAAUAUUAAGUCAGAUUUCAAAAGUCUACCACCAAUAAACUGGUCCAAGGACGGCAUCUCCCCACCAAAAAUUAGCAUCAUACCUACCCAAAGCUGUCAGGAAUCCUUUAUGGAUGAUGAAAAUGACGAAUCCACGAGUAAUUCUGAUAACCUGGUCCAUUGUCUACCCAAGAAAAAUGGCCACUGUCACAGAGACAAGGGAAAUAAAACGGAGGAGCACAAAGGCAACAAUUCUCAUAACUCCAGUACAAAGAAGCGUGCCAAAAGAAGCUCAAAUGCACGGAUAAAAAAACACAAGAACUCUUUCACACGGAGAAAUGGAAAACUGAACAGUAUAAAAACUAAAUACGAGUUACGAGAACAAAGGGCAACGAAAAGAAUGGCCAUUGUCAUGGCUUGUUUUACAGUAUGCUGGAUACCGUUUUUGUUCAUGUAUACGAUUAGAAGUUUUUGUGCCUCCUGUGAUCUGAAUGUACAUAUACAGGCUGCGAUCAUCUGGCUAGGAUACGCCAACUCUGCGCUCAACCCCAUACUUUACACAUUAUUUAACGACGAUUUCAGAAAAGCUUUUAAAACAAUUCUUCAUCUUGGGAAACAGAAAAAGAAAAAGAAGAAAAACUCAAAAAGACAAGAGUGAACUUGGAAUACGUGUUUAAAAUAAGAAGUUUCAUUUUCUAACUCUUCAAAUGUCUCCCUAUAUUUCUCUAGCUCACGGCUGUACCAGAACAUGUCUAACACCAUUCAGUAUUUGUUAAAUGCCUGUCCAUUAGCUGUCCAUAUUACAUCACUGCCAAUCACUACUUACUUUUAGGAUUGUAUUGUGCCAUACUUAUUACAAAAACACAUACUGUAAAUUGUGAUAUUUUGGUGUCAGGAAAUUUUGUCAUUUUUUUCAUUUUUUUUUCAAAAUGCAGGCUGGUUUUAUUUUGGUGUAGCUAUAAAUUUAAUAUUUUCAUCAAUCCUGUGUCAAAUUUUGGCACAUUCAGAUUUUUAUGUUACAAUCCAGACCUCUGCCACCUGAGAUUGAGAUAAAAUGUAUGAUUUUCCCCUGUCCACCAGUUUUUUCAUCAUCGGCUAUUACUUUUUAAGUCAUGGCAUUUCACAGACUGGAACAUAUGAUCUUCCCAUUUUGUUUAAAAUACAAAUAAGUUAUUAAUUAGUCAAUAAUAAAGCUGAUGCAAGUGUCAGCCAACUUACAAAAUAUAUUGUUACAUUUCGGCUCAGUCGGACAAAGAAUUAAUAAAUACUGUGUGAACUUACCUGAUCUACAAUAUGAAUAGUACUCGUGUUUACACAAACAUCAAAGGAAAAUUUACAAGUAGGUAAGCCAUUAUUUACAAAAAAUUAAGGAAUCAUGACAUCAUGAACUUUAUCAAUGUAUAAGAAAACAGCACAUUUUAUGUGAAUAAGCAGAAAGAAAUGCUCCGUAGUUUUCACAGAAAUUUAGCCACAUCAUCUAAUCAGCAAGCCGCAAAACGAUACAUCCGUAAUAUUUCAUACUGACAACAUUAUAAUUUGGUGAGUUAAAUUUUGGAGCUUUCACGUCAAGCACCAAAUAAACCCAAAAUGUAAACAUAGCCAAAAUAUCCCAAUUUACAGUAUGAGGUUGUAGUAAUUCAAGCAAAGAUGUGUAUUAUUCUAGAACUGUAUUAUAGGUAUAGGUAUUUAGACCGAAUAAUUAUAUAUAGAUAAGCGGCUGUUUCCGUGGAAAUGAUAAAAGUCAGAAUUCAUAUUAUUUCGGUUGAAUGAGACAAGUCUGUAGUUG